CCAGACAGCGGCUCCAUGGCCAGCCCGGAAGAGCCCGGAGCCGCCUCCGCCGCCGCCGGGGACGACGAGAAAGAGGUCGAGGCCGAGAAGGGCCCUGCCUCGUCGGAUUCAGAUUCUGACAACGAAGCCGGAGCUUCUGGUGAAACUGAAAUGGAUUUUCUACGAAACCUCUUGUCCCGAACACUGGGCUUAGGCAGUGAGAAGCCUGAGAAGGUGCUGGAUGAGCUGACGUUGGAUGGUGUGAGCAGGUUCAUGCUGUCUGAAAAAUGCAAGAAGGUAGUAUGUAUGGUGGGAGCAGGAAUCUCAACUGCUGCAGGGAUCCCCGAUUUCCGCUCACCAGGCACGGGGCUCUACGCCAACUUGCAGCAGUACAACCUGCCAUACCCUGAAGCCAUCUUUGAGAUCAGCUAUUUCAAGCAACACCCGGAGCCAUUCUUUGCCUUGGCGCGAGAACUGUACCCAGGGCAAUUCAAGCCCACAGUCUGCCACUACUUCAUGCGCCUCCUGAAGGAGAAAGGGAUGCUCUUGCGCUGCUACACACAGAACAUAGACACCUUGGAGCGGGUGGCCGGCCUGGGUCAAGAUGACCUCGUGGAAGCUCACGGCACCUUCUUCACUUCCCACUGCAUCCAUUCUGGCUGCAAAAAGGCAUACACCUUGGAGUGGAUGAAAGAAAAGAUCUUCUCAUCUCUCAUUCCAAAGUGUGAGAAAUGCCAAAGUGUUGUGAAGCCAGAUAUCGUGUUCUUUGGGGAGAACUUACCCUCUCGUUUCUUCUCUCUGAUGCAGUCAGAUUUCCAUAACGUGGACUUGCUUAUUAUCAUGGGCACCUCCCUGCAGGUCCAGCCCUUUGCCUCUCUCGUCAGCAGGGUACCAACAAACACACCACGGCUCCUGAUCAAUAAGGAGAAGACUGGAGAGAGUGAUCCUUUCAUGUCCCUGAUGGGCUACGGCUGUGGAAUGGACUUUGAUUCAGAGAAGGCAUACAGGGAUGUUGCCUGGCUUGGAGACUGUGACGAGGGCUGUCUGGCUUUGGCCGAGCUGCUGGGAUGGAAGACGGAGCUGGAGGAACUGGUGGAAAAGGAGCACGCCGCCAUAGAUGCCAAGUCAGGCGGGGCGAGUGCCUCCCACCCUCUAACCAAGGAGCAGAAGGAAAAGCCAUCCCCAAAGAAGGAAAAGCCCCCUGGCAGCAAAGAGUGAAGAGGUUUGACAGGACAGGAGAGACGUUUGCUGUGGAGGAAUUAAAAAUCAACAUGACCACAGGCUGAGUGAUCCUUGUGGCUUGUUGACUUGCCUGACUUGUUUAAGGGAUGUGGAAGCCCGGGAUCAACAGAAAUAUUCUUCUUGGGAGAUAAUGCAGUGGGGAAUCCAAGCUGGGUUGUGGAAUGGAAGUGAGGAGAUGCCCAGGUAGCAACGCACAAAGUCUUUCUGCUGACUUUGGGGGUGUUUGAUUGAAGCCCUAAAUUGCUGAAAUCAUGAGCGAGAAGAUGAAUUCUUGAAUUAGCAAUAUUAAUAUUUCUUUGGGGUUGAAUUCCAUUCAUUUAUGCUUCUGUUUCAUUUGUUAACUUCCAACUAACCUGUGCUAUGUCUGAAGGCCAAUGGAGGGAGUGAACAAAACCAGCCUUGGUCUUAACUCUGCCCUCUUUCUCUUUUUUCCUGGAGAACAGAUUCUUUCUUUGGCACCAGUGUGGCCAAGAAAGGCAGUUGGGGAGAGUGGGUGUCCCAAGGGGGUUAUCUGAUAACCCUCUUGACCUUUGGAAGGUUGCAAUUUUGCAAGAGUACUUUUAAGCUUUUGCCUUGAUUGUUUUGCAUUAAGCUAUUAUAAGUGGCAAUUAAAUUCAAGCACCUUGAUCUAA